AUGGCUGCCCUCCCCCUGGAAGUGACCUUGUAUCAUUAUCCCCGAACGCGCUCAACUCGAGUGCUAUGGUUACUUCAUGAGCUGGGAGACAAGGUGAAUGUCACUUGCAAGCGGGUGGAGCUGAUGAAGGGAGAAGCGUAUUCCCCGGAGUUCAUGAAAAUGAACCCAAACCAUGCUCUACCGGUCCUGCUCUACAAGGAUGCAUCUGGUGAGGAUCAAGCAGUUUUUGAGUCCUGCGGAAUUGUAGAAUUCUUGACAGAGGCAUUGGCUGCAGGGCAGCUUGCCCCACCAAUUGGCCUUUCGAAGGAGCGCGCUGAUUACCAGAAAUGGCUGUGGUUCUCUGGAAGUUGGAUGGACCAGCUCUUGUGGCAGCUCCGCCAGCAUGACUCCAGUGGGAUUCUUCCUGCGGAUCAGAAAGACAGCCGUGUAGUCGAUCGGACCAAAGCAAAGUGGAUCAAGGAGAUAGAACCUCAAAUUGUGGCUCAAAUAGAGGCAACAGGCAAUAAGUACCUCCUUGGUGAGCAGUUCACAUCUGCGGACGUCAUCAUGGGACAUAACCUCAAGUGGAGCCAAGCAUAUGGACUCUGUGAAAGCCAGGUCUUGCUUGACUAUUUAGCACGCCUCGCAGAGAGGCCUGAGAGAUUUUGGAAGUAUGGCUGCUUAGAUGUUGUCACGCAACUCCAAGAAAGGUAA